AUGGCCGAAAUCGCCAUAUCUGACUAUACAGUCAACAGCAUGCUUUACCAGGCUCACAGAACGAAUUCGCUCCUGUUUCACAUCGACUCCCACUCUCCCGGUGUCGGAAGUCUUCUAAAGACCACUUGCAGUGUCAACGAGGUCUGCCUUUCUGAUCAGGUGCCAGAGAUAGGAACUGCGUAUCCCGGAAGGACUUUGGAGAUCAUAAUAAGAACUACACGUCCUCCUGUGAUCUAUUUCCAUCAGGGC